UUUCAGAUUAAAAGUGGAGAUGACCAGACGUCUUAAGUUUCUCAGUUGAAUACAAUUUUAUGCAACAUUUGAUUAAGCUACAGCCUAGAAAUGCAGAUCGUCAGCUUGGUCCUGCUGGGACUCUUCCCUGUACUGGCCCUGGCCGUCUUUAACAGGCCAGACCCAUCUUAUGCAAAAGGAUUUACGAGGAUAUAUGAAGGGGAAAGGGACUUCUCCCUAAGAAUAAUGCAACAGAUCCGGAAGAGCUUUCCGAACGACAAUCUCUUCUUCUCACCGUUCAGCAACUACAACGCCCUGCUGCUUGCCUUCCUAGCAUCCUCCGGGGAGACGGAGGUGGAGCUGGUCCAGGCACUGAGUCUAAAUUGGGCGAGAAACAAGGAGCAGGUGCGCACCGCUUACGUAUUGAAUAGGAAUGAACACCAAAUGCGAAUCCGUCAAAGUCCCUUCGAGCUAUCGUCUGUCAACCGAAUCUUCGUGGACAAGAGCGUGUCGGUUAAAAACAACUUUGAGAUGAUUCUAUCCGGGGAAAUCAAGCAGGUGGACUUUAAGUACCAAUCUGGUCAGGCACUACGUGAAAUAAACGAGUGGAUCGCAAAUGAAACGAAUAACCAGAUUCCGGACAUGCUUAGUUCCGAAGAAAUCACAGCUCGCACCAUCGUGGUCCUGGCCAACGCCGCCUACUUGAAGGGCCAGUGGCUCAGCCAGUUUAAAGUGGAGCAGACCUCUCUGAAGCCCUUCUACAUAAGCCCCCACGAGCAGACCACGGUUUCUAUGAUGUACCAGAAGGGCACCUUUAAGAUGAGCUUUGAUAGGGAAUUGCAAGCCCAAAUCCUCAAGCUGCCUUACCGCACACAAUACGAUUCGAAGGACACGCCCCGAUCCACGCCAGAGGACAAAUCCACCAUCUCCAUGGUGCUUAUCCUGCCCUCUUCGCACCAAGUCACCGUGGAUGAUGUUAUUUCCCGACUGACUGCAGAUAGCCUAAAGACGUUGGUUGAAGGAACCUUCGCGACCGAGAUGGAGGUGUCACUGCCCAAGUUCCAGUUCGAGCAGCGCUUGGCACUGACUCCGAUCCUGAGCAACAUGGGCAUUACCAGAAUGUUCAGAUAUGGUGCCACCUUUGAAGACCUGACCUCCGAGCGCAUCACCAUCGAUGACGCCCAACACGUGGCCAAAAUCCAGGUGGACGAGAUGGGAAGUACUGCUGCGGCUGCCACUAUCCUCUUCUCCAGCCGAUCGGCCAGGCAGCCCGAUCCCACCAAGUUCAUUUGCGACCAUCCGUUCUUGUUCCUCAUCUAUGAUGAAAAAGCACACACGGUCUUGUUCGCGGGCGUCUACAGCGACCCCAGAAAAAUGCAGCAGUAAAAUCAACUAUUUUUCAAUUGACUUAACAAUUGACAAAAAGUUUUAAAUGUUGAUAUAAUAAAAUUGUAUAUCCGCAAACCUAAAUAACAAA